AUGACAGUUAGAGCUCAAAAAUUCACACCAGAAGUGUUGCUCUCGGCACCACGCCGAUCAGCAGGCGUACCCAAUGCCGAUGGCACUUUGGUUCUCUACACCACGAGCACGUACUCUUUCGAAUCUCACACUAAGACUGUCGAGUUGAGGAGCCUGGAUAUCAAGUCCAACGAGAGCACUCUACUAGUGCAAGAGAACAGCAUUAGCGAGCCUGCUUGGUUGCCUGGCAGCAAGAAUGUCUUCGUCUGCCUUAAGGGCGAGGACAAGGGCAAGACUUCUAUCCUCAUUGCAACAACCAAGUCUACCUCUGACUGGAAAGAUUCGACGUACACCGCUGGUUCGAUUGAUGCUCCUGCCAGUAGCCUGAAGAUCACGCAACUAUCCGACUCUUCUUACGCGGUUGUUGUGGCCGCCCAAUGCUCUCCAGAUGGGUCUUUGUACAACAGCGAGACAGCUUCCAAGACUCAUUCGACUGGAAAGCUGUACAAGAACUUGUUCGUGAGGCAUUGGGAUGACUAUGUCACUCCACAGAAAAACACCCUGUGGUAUGCUACUCUGACCAAGGCCAAAGAUGGCAAGUUCGAGUUGAGUAAGUGGGUCAAUGCUCUCAAGGGAGCUGGUCUUGAGAGCCCUGUUCCACCAUUUGGAGGCACAGACAGUUUCGACGUCAGCAAAUCUGGUAUCGUUUUUGUUUCCAAGGACCCCAAGGCCAAUCCUGCUUUGAGUACUAAGUGCAAUGUGUACUAUGUCGAGCUUCACACCUUUACGGAGGAUCCUGCCCCGAAGCCUUUCGAAUACAAGAUUCACGACUUCAAGGGUGCUAGUACUUCACCAGUCUUCUCUCCUGACGGCAAGAAGGCUGUCUUCUUGAGCCUGUCUACUGCUGGAUACGAGAGUGACAAGUCUCAGAUCUUUCUGAUUGAAGACCUGAAGAAGGAUUCGGUCAAGCGUAUAUUUGACCAAACGAAGGAGGGAAAUCUAGACAAGAGCCCACAAAAUAUCGUCUUUAGCCACGACGGCAAGACUCUGUACUUCUCCGCUGAAGAUGAAGGAUACAGUCGCCUCUUCGCCUUGACAUCAGUAGGUUCUGACGUCAAAGUGUUGCGCCCACUGACGAAAACUGGUUAUGUUUCUGAUGUGCGACCUCUAGAGUCAGGAGAUGUGUUCUAUACCAGCAGCUCUCUCGUCGACUACUCAUCGUACAGCAUCAUCGGAAGCUCGGAAGCUGAAGCACAAGGUGCGAAGUGGACACACUCAUCAUCCAAGGGCGGUUCUUCUCUUGGUCUGAAAGCUUCUCAGGUCUCUUCCAUCCAUACACCUGCUUCGGACCCGACAGUGAACAAGACUGUGCAUUCUUGGGUAUACAAGCCAUCCAACUUCGAAGAAGGCAAGAAGUAUCCGCUUGCUCUUCUGAUUCAUGGUGGACCUCAAGGAUCUUGGGGAGACUCGUGGAAUGUGGUUGUCACACCAAACAUCACUGGUUCGACAGGUUAUGGUCAGGCUUUCACCAAUGCCAUCAGAAAGGAUUGGGGCGGUGCACCUUACAAUGACCUCGUUAACGUCAUGGACUGGAUCGAGAAGAACAUGUCUGAAGUCGACAUGACAAGAGCAGUAGCUCUUGGUGCGAGCUACGGUGGAUACAUGGUCAACUGGCUCAACGGCCACGAUCUGGGGCGCAGAUUCAAAGCACUCGUCUGUCACGACGGCAUUUUCUCGUUUGCUGGUGUCCACGACUUGGGCGGUACACCCUGGUACUCCCCCUCCAAGAACCAAACCACGGACGAUGCCAAAGAGACAUUCGGACAGACCUCACUAGACGCCUGGAUCAAGAAUGACCCAAGCCGCUACCUCGACCACUGGCAAACACCUCAACUGGUCAUCCACAACGAAAAAGACUAUCGUCUGUGUAUUUCCGAAGGACUUGCAGCCUUCAAUGAUGAAAAUCACUGGGUGCUCAAGCCGGAGAAUAGUUUGGUGUGGCACAAGGUUGUGCUGAACUGGAUCAACAAGUAUGCUGGCCUCCCUGCGUACUGUGAGGAUGACGAAGAGAGUGAGAACUUCUUUGGUGGAGUAAAGGAGGACAAGAAAGAGCUCGUCGAGAUGGCUGGUAUGGGCAAGCCCGAGACUUGA